AUGGAUUACAACGACCUGGCCUCGAUGACAAGCUCAUCGCCAAUGAUCAACUAUAGGAAGGACGCGAAGAAAGCGGUCAAGUUUUCGUUUAUGGUUGCAGGUGAAUCGGGAACGGGGAAAUCGACGUUUAUCAACUGUUUGUUGAACAGGAAGGUGAUGAACCAUAAGUACGAGGGAGUGGACGCUUCAGGCGAGACUAAGACGUUGGCGUACACGUCAGCACAGAAUGUCAACUUGCCCAAUGCUUCGAUUUUGGCUACAAACGAGUUUGACGCGUCCGCUGCUCAGGAAGAGCCUGGUAUAGCGCUUACAGAGACUAAGGUGGAAAUUGUCGACGACGAUGGGAUCAGAAUGCAGCUAAGUAUUAUCGAUACGCCUGGGUUUGGCGAGAACUUGAAUAACGAGAUGUGUUACGUUGAAAUUGAGAACUUCUUGAAACAGCAGUUUGAUUUGGUUUUGGCUGAAGAGACCAGAAUCAAGAGAAACCCUCGUUUUGUCGAUACCCGUGUUCAUUGCUUGCUUUACUUUAUUACCCCUACUGGUCAUGGUUUACGUGAUUUGGACAUUGCAACCAUGAAACGCUUGUCCAAGUAUGUCAACAUCAUCCCGGUUGUUGGCCGUGCUGACUCCUUUACUUUGGAAGAGAUCCAGCACUUCAAGCAGCAGAUCAAAAUCGAUAUUGAACGCUUCAACGUGCCUGUUUUCCAAUUUGACAAUUUCGUCAGUGAGUACGACGAGGCUGAGGACUACGACUUGAUUCAGGAAUGCAAAUUCUUGACCAGAUUACAACCCUUCGCUAUAAUAGCAUCCGAACAGGACUUUGAAAUCAAGGACACUAACACCGGCGAGACCAAGGUCAUUAAAGCCAGACAAUACCCAUGGGGUCUUGUGGACGUGAACAAUCCCAAGUACUCCGACUUCCCUGUGUUGAAAUCGGUUCUUUUGGGCUCUCACUUGCAAGAUUUGAAGGACUUGACCCACGACUUCUUGUAUGAAACCUACAGAACUGAAAGAUUGACCGGUGUUACCGGUAAGAGCGCUGCUGACGAAGACGAAGACACUUUCCAUGAUUCUACUGAUGCUCCACAGGGCGGUGUCACUAACGCUGUUCCUUCUUUAUCCAACUUGGCCAAGUUGACAGACGAAUCUGCCUUCAAGCUUGACCAGGACAAGGACGACUCUGACGAUAACACGUCGCUAUUGCUGAGUCUGUCGAAGAAGCCUCGUUCUAUGCUCUUGAACGAGGAAUCCAACCAGUCCCCUAAGGUUAAAGAAAACGCGUCAUUCACAUCAUCUGUAUCGUCUGUCUCUGACCGUGACAGAGAGAGCCAAUACAGUCAUUACGAGCGCUCGAACAAUUCGUUCAAGAGAUUGUCGAUUGGUCCUCAGCGAAGCCAGUUGAGACAGAUCUCAGAGACCGUGCCAUAUGUCAUCAGACACGAGAGAAUCUUGGAGAGACAACAUAAGCUAGAGGAGAUGGAGCAGGCCAGCGCAAGAGAAUUGGCCAACAGAGCCCUGACGUUAGAACAGAGGGCUGCUGCUUUGAAGGCCAAGGAGAAGUUGCUUUUGGAGAAAUUGGAUGCCUACAAGAAGAAGCAGGCUGCUGCAUCAGAAACCACCUCGGUCAACACGGAAGUGGCCGAGGGUGAAGGCGAACAAGAGACGCUGCAGACCUUCUCGAUCAGAAAAGACGAAACGCUUACUGAUUUGCAUCUGGUGUUCUUCCAGUCCAAACCACCCCUUUUCCAGGAGCUUCUACCACGUAUUCUGCGCUUUGAUAGCCCUCUUGAAGAAAAACCGCAAAUGGAUAUCACUGGACUUUUGGACUCCGCCUUUUUCGGCGCCGAUGCCAACACUCGUAAUGAGGCAGAACGCCAAUUGAGUGAGUUUGCCAACUCGUCUUUUGGCGAGUAUAUGGUGUAUUUGGCAGAUGUCUUGGUGAACGACACGGCCAAGGCGGAAAUCAGAAUGCUUGCCGCCUUGGGUAUGAAAAAUCAGUUGACUGCUAAGGAUCCACGCACGAGGCUCCAGCAACUGGCCAGAUGGAUUCUGUUGGGUGCUGACUCGAAGCAGAAGAUCAAGCAGAAUUCCGUCAAGACUUUGCUUGGAAACGACGAGAAGAUGACCUCUUCGGUGUCGCAAUUGGUGUCGUCGAUUGCCCUUAUUGAAUUACCUAGAAACGAAUGGCCCGACUUGAUCCCUACGAUAAUUGAACAUACCAAAGCUGAGAACAGUGUUGCCGUUAAGAGAGGCUGUUUGCUCACCAUUGGUUAUAUUUGUGAAAGCGCCGAUGCCAAUGACCCCCAGAUUCUCGCCCAGUCUAAUGGUAUCUUGAUUGCCAUUGUGCAAGGUGUCCAGGCGAACGAGCAGUCUACGAAGGUUCGUUUGACAGCGCUCAAUGCGUUGAUCAACUCGUUACAAUUUAUCAAACUCAACUUUGCUAGAGAAGGUGAACGUAACUUCAUCAUGCAAGUUGUAUGUGAAGCUACCCAGGCUGACGACCUGGACCUUCAGGCCGCUGCGUUUGCAUGUCUUGCUAAGAUUGUUUCAAUGUACUACCAGUACAUGUCGCUUUAUAUGGAGAAGGCGCUCUACGUCUUGUCUAUUUCUGGAAUGCAGAGCGAAGACCAGAACGUGGCAUGUAUGGCUAUUGAAUUCUGGUCCACUGUGUGCGAGGAGGAAUACGAAAUUGCUUUCACCAUUCACGACGCUAUGGACCGUGGCGAAGAGCCAUCUCAAGAAGUCACAUCCUACAACUUUGCCCUUUACGCUACCAAGGAUGUCUUGCCAGUGUUGUUGAAGCUUUUGAAGAACCAAAACGAGGACCCAGAAGACGACGACUGGUCGGUGGCUAUGGCCGCUGGUUCUUGUUUGCAGCUUUUCGCUCAGACUACCGGAAUGUACGUCGUUGAACCUACCUUGCAAUUCUUCGCUGCGAACAUCACUCUGGCUGAAUGGAGGGAGCGUGAGGCAGCUGUGAUGGCCUUUGGUUCUAUCUUGGAAGGUCCAGAAGUUGACCACCUCAAGCCUGCCAUUCAGGAGGCUAUCAAGCCAAUCUUGAACUUGAUCGGCGACAACACUUUGCAGGUGAAGGAGACCUCGGCAUGGUGCUUGGGUAAAAUCGCUGAAGUUGCUCUUGGAGCUCUCGAUCUCGAAAACGACUUGCAGCCAUUGCUUGAAGGUUUGUUGCACGGUUUGAAGGACCAUCCAAAGGUUUCUGUCAACUGUUGCUGGACCUUGAUGAACCUCUUGGAGCAGCUCUGUAAGGAUGCCGCUCAACAGGAGACAAGUGUCAUGUCCGUUUACUACGAGACCUUUGUGCCUGCCUUGGUUCAACUCACCGAUAAGUCUGACAACGAAUUUAACUCUAGAGCUUCCGCCUACGAAGCCUUGUCCUCCUUUGUGAGCUACAGUGCCUUCGAUACCAUGGGUAUAAUUCACAGCAUUGCCACUGAAGUGUUGAGCAGGCUAGAAGCCACAAUUGGUAUGCAACAGCAGGCUAACUCUGCCGAAGCACGUACCGCAUUGGAGGAGUUGCAAAUCAACAUCUUGUCAUUACUUACCAACAUCAUUAGAAGACUCAGCAACGAUGUUCUGAGUGCCGCAGACAACUUGAUGACUCUUUUGCUCAAGUUAUUGGAUGCUCAAGAACCAAAUGCAUUGAUCGAGGAGGAUAUCUUCCUUGCCAUUUCCGCUGUCGCCUCGGCGGUUGGCCAAGACUUCAUGAAGUACAUGGAAUCCUUCUCGCCGUUCUUGACCAAAGCAUUGCACAACGUUGAAUCGCCUACAUGCAACACUGCCGUUGGUCUUGUGGCUGACUUGGCUCAGUCCUUGGGCCCUGCAAUCAGUAACUACUUGGAUGGCUUGAUGGACAUCUUGGGUAGAGACUUGAACAACGAAAACGCCAAGCGUGACUUGAAGCCUGCUAUCUUGUCUUGUUUCGGUGACAUUGCAGGUGUCGUUGAAGAGGGUUUCAUGCCAUACAUGGACGUUGUUAUGAACAUCUGCACGCAGCUCUCCAACAUGGUUCCAGAGGACAACCUGUUCGAGACGUUGGACUACAUCAGCUCAUUGAAGGAAUCAGUGUUGGACUGUUACGUCGGCAUUGUGAGCAGCUUGAACCAAAAGCCAGAGUUGUUGUUCAGCUACCUCGGGCCUAUUUUCCAGUUGAUUGAGCAAAUUGCCGGUGACAUUGAAUUGUCAAUGGUUGAAAGCACUGCUCGUUCCGCCGUGGGCUUGUUGGGCGACAUUGCAGCCAUGUACCCUGACGGACAGUUGCGCAGCUUAUACAGCCAAGACUGGGUGACGCUGUUCAUCAAGAAGACCAGAGCCAACCUUGCCUUCUCUGCGCUGACCAAGGACGCCGCCAGAUGGGCCAGAGACAGACAGAAAAGGCAAAUCGCAUAA